CAGGUGGGCCUCCUCUGGAUGUUCACCUCAGCCACCUGGAAAAGGUACACUCCAUCGAGUACAGCUCUGAUGCCAAGAUGGCAUACCGACUCACGGAUAAGGUGCUCCAUCCAACAAGCAUAGAGCGCGUGAACGUGCAGCUCGCCGUAGCAGCCACUCACGAGACAACCAUCGCUGCGCUCCGCUACUAUGGGCAACAUGCAGAGUACGGCUCCUUAAACGGUACAGCAGAGUUCGUGCACCAAGUUCGGAGGUGGUUCGACAUCGUCAACGUGAAGUCCCCUGGGAAGCAUGUUCGUCGCAACGACUCGACUCUGCAGCCUAUUUCCACUGGAGAUGAAGAAGGGCUGGCAUACAUCGAGAAAUUCAGAAAGAUGAUGCUGCGCUGGGAAGCCCAGGGAAACAAGAAGACGCAAAUGUCGCUCGACACGAUACGUGGAGUGGCAGCAACCUGUCGAGGGCUGGUCGGGCUGGCCAAGUAUCUGCUCAGACAGUGUGAUCUCGAGUAUGUCCUGCUUGGCAAGAUUCAAUCCGACCGGCUAGAAGGUCACUUCGGCCACCUCCGGAAACUGGCCGGAGGCAACUUCUGGGCGAGCUCUCGUCAAUUUUUUGAAGGAGAGGCUAUCGUCCGCGUAAAAAGCCUAAUUUGGCUCUCAGGCUAUGGUCUGAGAACAGUGACGGCUGGCAUGCAACCUGUCUCUCAGCAGCGCCUGGAAAACGACCAGCGAGCCGUCACUGAGAUCACCGAGUAUGCCGCUGCUGCCUCUUCUGAUGACCCAGCCCAAGACGUCCCAGAAGGGACACAGCAGGCUCUGCACCACAUAGCAGGCUAUUUAGCCCACUCAGUCAAGAAGACUCACAGAUGUGAUGAAUGUCGCGCGCUACUCUCUGACGGGCUAAGGACGCAACUGGUAACCGUGGUGGCAGAGAAUGCUGAAGAAAAGCUGGUGGCUGCUAGCUUCACCGACCUCCUCAACCGUGGAAAGCUCCUGCAACCGAGUGAACUGUGCCUGCGAGUCGUCAUGGAGGUCUGCCAGCUCUACAGACUUCUGGUGAAUUCACAGUCAGAGACUCGCACCAUCCUCUUUGGCAGUUCAAGUCCCAAGAAUGUGUUCAGAUCUGUGGUUCAGAACAUGCUCGGCGAUGACGAAGAACUGAAGGAAGUGGCUUGUGGAAGGGGGCACAAGUUUACCAGCAAUAUCCUCGCCACCAUGGCCGGAGCGCUGUUUAACGUGUUCGUGUCUAACCACGUGAAGGAUGUGAACAGCCAAGUGCAUAGCAAGAAACGAAAGGGGCCGCCGACGCGCACCAGUGGGCGCGGUGUGGACUCGGACAAGAUCCGCAAACUAACGGGCGCGAGCUGAGUUCAUGCCUGUUCAAGAACAUGUAGCAUGCACCCUGUCUCUCAUCAACGCCUGGAAAACGACCAGCGAGCCGUCACAGAGAUCACAGAGCAUGCUGUUGCUGCCUCUUCUGACGAGCCGGCCCAAGACGUCCCAGGAGAAUCGGCCCAAGGGCUGGGAUAGUGGACCAAAUCGGUGUUUGUGCCCAUGCUGGCCGUUGGGAAUCGUUACGAAUACAUACGUGUGGGAACCAAAACUGUCUUUGUUGAACCUGAUCGAUGGUGAAAAGUAGUCCACUUGUAGCUGGGAGUAUAACUUUCUGUUUUAUGACAGUACCUACCAUUGAACACACAACUCAAAAUGCACAGAAACACUUGCAUGCCUCUGAUCUUCGCUUGAUAUUUAAGUCCACAGCCUGGAAUUUUGACUCAAGAUUGGCAAUUCUGGCGGGAAAA